GGAAGGGUUGCUGGACUGUGCAGCUUCCCGGCACUGCGCAGCAGGGGUGCGGCGGGGCUCGGUGACGAGGCGUCCCUCCCGGCCCGGGAACCCUGCGAGGGGCGCGCCAGCCCCAACCUCCAUGCAGGAAUUCACUGGGUCCCUCUGGCGUCGCGUGGGCCCCCCGCCCAGAGCAACGGCACUCCUCUCUCGGCUCCUGGGAGCCGCGGGGAGGAGGGCGAGGCUCGAAGACCAGCUCCGUGCGGAUCGAGGUGGAGUCCCUGGGCCCAAGGCUGGCGAGGCUCUGUCAGGCGGCGCCCUCUCCUCGGCUUCGACACCGCUGCGGGCCCGCUGGCGGGCCCGGGGCCCACACACUGCUUGGGUGCAUGUUUGCCCUUGGAUCUCCCACCACUAGUAAUCCAGUCUCUCCCUGAGCCCCCGGCUUCUGAGGACAAGCGAGGUUACCACAGAGUGUCCUGCUGCAGGGGGAUACCCAAGCUUCAUGUUACAAGAGGCCUGGCACAGAGAGUGAAAGAGCUACACUGAAGUCGCACAGCAGAGUUUCUGUUCCAGAACUGCAGUUACCAGCUUGGAAAAAUACAGUGUUGUGUCUAAAGCAAGACCUUUCUGAAGAAGUGGAGUUACAAGGAAAUUCGUAAGACUGGAGAAUUUUGCUGCUGGUCGUUCUCCUUGGCCCUUGCCGGCUUCCAGUGGUCCUUCCUCUCUCCUGGGGACAAGAAAGAUGGAAAAGCCCACAGGCAAAAAAAAGAAGGCACAGACCCCAGAGGAGGAAGUACGUGUUCAGAAGGACACUCCCAAGGAAGAUGAAGCAUUUAGGAAAAAGAAGCCAAACCAGAGAUCCACUUUGGCCAAAAAGCACAGUAAGGAACCCAGCCUGAGUCGUGAGGACGAGGAACACAUGUUUGAGGCCUUCAGUGCUUCAUUUAAAGAUGACUUUGAGGGGGUUCCUGUGUUCACUCCCUUCCAGAGGAAGAAGCCCUACGAAUGCAGCGAAUGUGGGCGCGUCUUUAAGCACAAGACGGAUCACGUUCGCCACCAGAGAGUCCACACUGGAGAGAAGCCCUUCCAGUGCGCCCAGUGCGGGAAGACAUUCAGGCACAGCUCCGAUGUGACCAAGCACCGGAGGAUUCACACCGGAGAAAAGCCCUUUAAAUGCAGUGAGUGCGGAAAAGCCUUUAACUGCGGUUCAAAUCUCCUAAAACAUCAGAAAACCCACACUGGAGAGAAGCCGUACGAAUGUAAGGAAUGUGGGAAAACCUUUGCCUACAGCUCGUGUCUUAUUCGCCAUCGGAAACGUCACCCACGGAAGAAGCACUGA